AUGAAAUUUCAGAGUUUUUUCUUGACGAGAAUAUCAGAGGCACUACUGUCGCAUUGUGGAAGCGAGCAACUGAUAAUUGGAUCUGAGCCUGUGAUGAUCCAGAGUCCCGCCUUUCCAGAAUAUUUUCCUGUGCAGUCGCAGUGCCAAUGGCAAGUCACGUCUUCGGAAAAUCUGAAGAUUAGUUUUAUGAACUGGGACAUGCCCGUAGAGCGGGACAUAUGUCGAAGCGUAAAUUUAAUGAUCACUGCGAAUGGAAAGUCCGCCAGGCUAUGCUCAGAUAACCCCUCAGAGAUUAUCAUCGAAAGAACACAGCUCUCUUUUUUGUUAAUAAGCGACAUCGUCCGUCGCAACUCUUCCAUUCUUCCUCCUUCUUACCGAUUUAAAGUCGAGCUCUCGUCAACUAUCGAGAUGCCUAACACGCUUAUUGAGAACAUCGACGACUACGGGGAUCUUCUCUGGCCGGAUAAGCCUAGUUACAGGACGCGUGUUGGAUACGGAGCAGAGCGCGGGAACUGGUCUGGCUUUCAUCGCGAAGCUUUCGUUUCUUUCGCUAAAAUAGGCCCGACGGCUUCGCCAACGCCGAAUAGCACGAGCUCGCACAAUCCCUGGCAUGAGGAUGCUUUGCCCAACAAUGAAAAUAAAGAGAUGAAAGAGAGAAUCCAGUGGGUAGAGCUUGGAGUCGGAACAGGAAAUAGGAGCGAGCCUUUACACAGUACCUCGUGCGAUAAACAAAAUGGCCACUCCUCUAACUAUCAAUUCUGA